AUGUCCUGUCCCGACUGCUUCAGCGGCCACGUGCACGAGGACGCUACGCCCAGAGGGACAGUCACCACCUUGCAUGGCCGGGAUGCAUAUGUGACGGAGCCGACGUCCACGGAAAACCCCAUCAAGGGAAUCAUCGUCAUCAUUCCGGAUGCGUUUGGGUGGGAGUUUGUCAACAAUCGCAUCUUAGCGGAUCAUUAUGCCGAUAAGGGAGGGUAUAAGGUUUAUUUGCCUGAAUUCAUGAAUGGACAUGCCGCUCCCGUAUGGAGUUUAAAGACCCUAUCUUCAGUAUUCAAGACAUCAUCUAUCCUGGACUGGAUUAAGAAGCCAUACCAUGUCGCCUGCGCCGCCUACGCCAUGAUCCCCUUCAUGUACCACAACAAAUUCAACACCUCCUGGCCCACCGUCAAGACAUUCUUCACCGCCGUGCGCCGCAACGAAGGCGCCAACCUCCCCAUCGCAGCUGCAGGGUUCUGCUGGGGCGGGUUACACACCGUCUACCUAGCACACGGCGAAGAAGAUGACAAAGUAAACGGCAAACCCUUGAUUGAUGCCGGUUUCACCGGCCAUCCCAGCAACCUGAAGAUCCCAGGGGAUAUCGAGAAGAUCAAGAUCCCCGUGAGCUUUGCGGUGGCGGAGCUGGACAACAUGUUGAAAAUGCCGCAGAUCAAGCAGAUUGAGAAAGCACUGGGGGAGGAAGUGGGGGAGGUGAAGGUCUACUACGGGGCUGGGCAUGGGUUUUGUGUUCGCGCCGAUGUGAUGGUCAAGGAUGUGAGGGUGCAGGCUGAGGAAGCGGAGGAUCAGGCGAUUGGGUGGUUUCAGAAGCAGUUUGCGAAGGUGUCUUAUUGA